GGGGGCCUGGGAGGUUGACAUCAGCUUGGGGCACAGGGAGUAGAAGAUGGAGUUUGGCUCCCCUAUCCCCACCCACGGCUUGGAGUUGGGGUGGGUGUGGGGCGUACAUGGGUCAAGUGUCCUUAGGAGAGUCUGUCUGAGUCUACAGGUCCGGGUGCCCUUGGAGGAGCCCCCUCUGAGCCCAGACAUGGAGGAGGAGGACGAUGACUUGGGCAAGACCUUGGCUGUGAGCAGGUUUGGGGACCUCAUCAGCAAGCCCCCGGCCUGGGACCCCGAGAAGCCCAGCCGCAGCUACAGCGAGCGGGACUUUGAGUGGGUCCCAACAGGCUCUCCUGCACCCUCAGUUCACCGGCACACAUCCCACCAUACCCACCACCCGCUCUCGGCGCGCCUGCCUCCACCCCACAAGCUGCGGCGACUGCCCCCCACCUCUGCCCGGCAAACCAGGAGGAAGAGAAAGAAGGAAAAAACCUCUGCUCCUCCCUCUGAGGGGACCCCUCCCAUCCAGGAGGAGGGGGGAGCCGGAGUGGAUGAGGAGGAGGAAGAGGAGGAGGAAGAGGAAGGGGAAUCUGAGGCAGAACCCAUGGAGCCCCCACCCUCAGGGUCCCCACCAAAAGCAAAGUUUUCCAUUGGAAGUGACGAGGAUGACAGUCCCGGCCUCUCAGGGAGGGCUGCCUUCACCAAGCCCUCGCUGCCGUCAGUGGGCCUGAGUUCCGACAAGAGCCCCCAGCACUCGGUCAGCUCCCCAAGUCCCCGGGCCCGUGUCUCCCGAGUCACUGGAGAGAAGAGCCGGCCCUGGAGCCCAUCGGCCAGCUAUGACCUGCGGGAGCGGCUGUGCCCAGGCAGUGCCCUGGGCAGCCUGGGUGGCCCAGAGCAGCAGGUGCCCACUGACGAGGCGGAGGCCCAGAUGCUGGGCUCCGCCGAUCUGGAUGACAUGAAGAGUCACCGGCUGGAGGACAACCCUGGUGUGCGGCGGCACCUGGUGAAGAAGCCAUCUCGGACGCAGGGUGGGAGGGGCAGCCCCGGUGGCCUGGCCCCCAUCCUGCGCAGGAAGAAGAAGAAGAAGCAGCUGGACCGGAGGCCUCAUGAGGUGUUUGUGGAGCUGAACGAGCUGAUGCUGGACCGCAGCCAGGAGCCCCACUGGCGGGAGACGGCCCGCUGGAUCAAGUUUGAGGAGGACGUGGAGGAAGAGACGGAGCGCUGGGGGAAACCCCACGUGGCCUCGCUCUCCUUCCGCAGCCUGCUAGAGCUCAGGAGGACCAUCGCCCACGGAGCUGCCCUCCUGGACCUGGAGCAGACCACUCUCCCAGGCAUCGCACAUCUCGUGGUGGAGACCAUGAUCGUGUCUGAUCAGAUCCGGCCAGAGGACAGGGCCAGUGUCCUUCGCACCCUGCUACUGAAACACAGCCAUCCCAAUGAUGACAAGGACAGUGGCUUCUUUCCCCGAAAUGCGUCCAGCUCUAGUGUGAACUCGGUCCUGGGGAAUCAUCACCCAACCCCCAGCCAUGGCCCUGACGGUGCAGUGCCUACCAUGGUCGAUGACCUGGGGGAGCCAGCCCCACUCUGGCCUCAUGACCCUGAGGCCAAGGAGAAGCCCCUCCACAUGCCUGGGGGAGAUGGUCACCGGGGGAAAAGCCUGAAGCUGCUGGAGAAGAUCCCUGAAGAUGCUGAGGCUACUGUCGUGCUCGUGGGAUGUGUGCCUUUCCUGGAGCAGCCAGCAGCAGCCUUUGUGCGCCUGAACGAGGCUGUACUCUUGGAAUCUGUGCUUGAGGUCCCCGUGCCGGUUCGCUUUCUCUUUGUGAUGCUGGGGCCCAACCACACCAGCACUGACUAUCACGAGCUUGGGCGUUCCAUUGCAACCCUCAUGUCUGACAAGCUGUUUCACGAGGCUGCCUACCAGGCAGACGACCGGCAGGACCUCUUGAGUGCCAUCAGCGAGUUCCUGGAUGGCAGCAUCGUGAUCCCCCCAUCCGAGGUGGAGGGCCGGGACCUGCUGCGCUCUGUGGCUGCCUUCCAGCGCGAGCUGCUCAAGAAGCGGCGGGAGCGCGAGCAGACCAAAGCUGAGAUGACCACUCAGGGUGGCUACGUGGCCCCCGGGAAAGCUGGGAAGGAUGGAGCCCAGGGCCUGCUCCCAGCACGAGGGGCAUGGUCUGUGUUCCAGCAGCCCCUUGUGCCCCCAGAGCUGUCAAUAGAGUUGGGGGGCUCCGAGGCGGCCCCCGAAGAUGACCCCCUGCUGCGGACGGGCUCGGUGUUCGGGGGGCUUGUCCGGGACGUGAAGCGCCGGUACCCACACUACCCCAGCGACCUGCGGGACGCCCUGCACUCCCAGUGCGUGGCCGCCGUGCUUUUCAUCUACUUCGCUGCCCUCAGCCCUGCCAUCACCUUCGGGGGGCUGCUAGGGGAGAAGACGGAGGGGCUGAUGGGUGUGUCUGAGCUGAUUGUGUCCACGGCUGUGCUUGGCGUCCUCUUCUCUCUGCUGGGGGCCCAGCCGCUGCUCGUGGUCGGCUUCUCUGGGCCACUGCUUGUCUUCGAAGAAGCCUUCUUCAAGUUCUGCCGAGCCCAGGACCUGGAGUACCUCACGGGCCGGGUGUGGGUGGGCCUCUGGCUGGUGGUCUUCGUCCUUGCCCUGGUAGCCGCAGAAGGCAGCUUCCUGGUCCGCUACAUCUCGCCUUUCACCCAGGAGAUCUUUGCCUUCCUCAUCUCGCUCAUUUUCAUCUAUGAGACCUUCCACAAGCUCUACAAGGUGUUCAUGGAGCACCCGUUGCUGCCAUUCUACCCCCCUGGGGGAGCCUUGGAGGCUGGGCAGGACCUGAAUGGGAGUGUCCCGUCUCCCACUGAGGGGCUGCCGGGCCCGAGGAACCAGCCCAACACGGCUCUGCUGUCCCUCAUCCUCAUGCUUGGGACCUUUCUCAUCGCCUUCUUCCUACGCAAGUUCAGGAACAGCCGCUUCCUGGGUGGCAAGGCUCGCCGCAUCAUCGGGGACUUCGGCAUCCCCAUCUCCAUUCUGGUGAUGGUCCUGGUGGACUACUCCAUUACAGACACUUACACACAGAAGCUGACAGUGCCCACGGGGCUCUCAGUGACCUCCCCCCAUAAACGCACGUGGUUCAUCCCGCCCCUGGGCAGUGCCCGUCCUUUCCCACCCUGGAUGAUGGUGGCAGCCGCCGUGCCUGCUCUCCUGGUCCUCAUCCUGAUCUUCAUGGAGACACAAAUCACUGCGCUCAUCGUCAGCCAGAAGGCACGGAGGCUGCUCAAAGGCUCCGGCUUCCACCUGGACUUGCUUCUGAUCGGCUCCCUGGGUGGGCUCUGUGGGUUGUUUGGGUUGCCCUGGCUCACGGCUGCCACCGUCCGCUCAGUCACCCACGUGAAUGCACUGACCGUUAUGCGCACUGCCAUUGCGCCCGGCGACAAGCCCCAGAUCCAGGAGGUGCGGGAGCAGCGGGUCACUGGAGUGCUCAUCGCCAGCCUCGUGGGCCUGUCCAUCGUCAUGGGGGCUGUGCUGCGCCGGAUCCCGCUGGCCGUGCUCUUUGGGAUUUUCCUGUACAUGGGGGUCACAUCACUGUCUGGUAUCCAGCUGUCCCAGCGUCUGUUGCUUAUCCUCAUGCCAGCAAAACACCAUCCUGAACAGCCCUACGUGACCAAGGUGAAGACCUGGCGGAUGCACCUGUUUACCUGCAUCCAGCUGGGCUGCAUCGCACUGCUCUGGGUGGUCAAGUCCACGGCGGCCUCCCUCGCCUUCCCCUUCCUGCUUCUGCUCACGGUGCCACUGAGGCGCUGCCUUCUGCCCCGGCUCUUCCAGGACAGGGAGCUGCAGGCGCUGGACUCUGAAGAUGCUGAACCAAACUUUGACGAAGAUGGCCAGGAUGAGUACAAUGAGCUGCACAUGCCCGUGUGAACCUCUCCGCGGUGCCCCUGAGACCCCGACACCUUAGUGAUCGACACCCCGGCCCCAGUCAGAGCCUAGUCCCAGGGCCAGUGGGCGCCUCAUGACCCAGAGACGUGCCUGGAACCACUACUGAUGCCGCGGCCAGAGUGGCCCCCUGACUCUGCCUGAGGCGCUGACCUCGUCUCACCCAGGCCCUUUCACAGACCAGACAGGCACAGGCUUUGAGCUCAUUAUAACCACACUCCGUGUCUUG